UGGCCAGUGUUGGAGAUGGAAGGUAAUGGAAGGAAAGACAGAAGCACUGUGGAGCUAGAAGGAGAGGAGGAAACAGAGAAACUUAAAAGCAAGUUGUGCUGCUCUUCAUGUUGGCACAUAAGAGGCACUAGCAUACUUUGAGCUCCUGGAGAUUCAUGGUUCAUUCUCAGCACCUUAUGCUGGUCAAUACUUCUUGAAAUGGUUAUUUUCAGUUUGAAAUUUGGGGUGAAUGAAUCUCUUGUGCUGUUCUUUACUCUGUUUUGGAGCUGACUUGGAUAUCCAGAUGUUAUUUGUACUCAGGGAAAGGCUUUUUUGUCUUGUCUGGAGCUAAACCUGUGGGUAGCUCAUGAGAUUUUGUACGUCUCAUUGCUCAUGAGACUUUGUACAGCCUUCCUGCAGGAUGACCUUUCAAGGAGAGCUCUACUAGUCAGCUACAUACCAUAAGUAACUGUAUUGUCAUUCACUUAAUACUCUAAGGUUUCUUUCCUUCUCUGUCCCAUCUGCAGUCUUUUUCUUUUUCUUGUUCCUUGCUCUACCCUUGUUCCUACCCAGGUACAUCAUGACAAGUGAGUUCACACUGGGGCCGACAGAAGAGUUCUUUGUAGAACACGGCUACUUCAACCUGGAUAAAUCCAAUGUGAUCAUGUUUGAACAGAGGAUGUUGCCAGCUGUUACCUUUGAUGGGAAGGCCAUCUUGGAGGAGAAGGGGAAAAUUGCUAUGGCUCCAGAUGGCAAUGGUGGCUUAUAUCGUGCUUUGGUGGAUAAUAAGAUCUUGGAUGACAUGAAGCAGCGUGGUAUACAGUAUGUUCAUGUAUACUGUGUAGACAACAUCCUUGUCAAGAUGGCAGAUCCAGUCUUCAUAGGCUUCUGUGUUUCCAAAGGGGCAGAUUGUGGUGCCAAGUCCUCUGUCCUGUGUCUGCAGGUGGUGGAGAAGGCCUACCCCACAGAGCCCGUUGGGGUGGUGUGCCGUGUGGAUGGGAUCUAUCAGGUGGUGGAGUACAGUGAGAUCGGUCCAGAGACUGCGCAGCUGCAAAGCCCUACUGGGGGGCUGGUGUACAGCACUGGCAAUAUCUGCAACCAUUUCUUCACUGUUGAAUUUCUGCAGAUGGUGGCCCAAAAAUAUGAGCCCCAGCUGAAGCAUCACAUAGCCAUAAAGAAGGUGCCUUACAUUGACGAGGAGGGAAAUCUGGUAAAACCGCUAAAACCAAAUGGGAUAAAGCUGGAGAAGUUUGUGUUUGAUGUGUUCCAGUUCUCUAAGAAUUUUGUGGCAUUUGAAGUUUUGAGAGAAGAGGAGUUCUCACCAUUAAAAAAUGCAGACACAGCUGACAAAGACACUCCUACCACUGCUCGGCAGUCCCUUCUGGCCCAGCAUUACCGCUGGGCUCUGAAGGCUGGGGCCAGAUUUCUGGAUGAAAAUGGUUGCAGAAUACCAGAGAAACUCAGGUGUGAACCUUUGUGACCUUCUCUGCAGCUUCUUUGCAUGUGACUGCCCAAACUUGAAAGCUUGCUAAUGGCAUGUACACUUCAUUCUAAAAUCGGGCGUUUGCCGGAUCACAGGAUGACUUGGCAUGGGUUCUGUUCAGCUGGCCUUUUCUAAACAUGCCAAGUAUUAUCUGUAACAGCUACUGUUCCAUUAGUACUCUAGUCAGUAAUGUACUCUAGUCCAUAAUGGUCAGUAAUCUUUGCUUUAAGUCUGGCUGAAUUUCCUGCCUUGGAGACAGUGAGUUAACUCCUUGUAUAGCAACACGAACACACUGAGACAACUGCCUUAGGUAGAGGCAACCUUUUGUAUCAUUCAGGAUUUAGCCAGCCCAAGGAAUUGUAAUUUGUAGUCCUCCCCAGCUUUUCUGAAUAUGAUCCUAGUACUUAAAGCCCAUCUAGAAUCUCAGGAGGACAUGAGUAUUGGAUAUUAUAGCAACUACCUUUUUAAAUACUUCCUGCAUCACACUGAAGUAAAAGCAGCUUUCCAUUCUUGGGACUC